AUGGUUUUGUGUGCACAACUCUGUAAACAAAAUGUAUGUGCAAAGAAGCCACCGCACGGGCUUAGUUGCUCCGCGACCCCCCAGCCUGCCGCCAGCCGCCCCGAGAGCACGAUGGUGGCGGCCCACCUGUUCCAGAAGUGUUGCCUGGUCCAGAGGAUCCUGGAGGCCUGGGAAGCCAGUGACCACACACAGGCAGCGGGUGGCAUGAGGCACGGGAACAUGGGACACCUCAUGAUCGCCAACACGGUGGUGCAGAACCUGGAGGGGGGCCCCAUGCAGACCCAGCUCAGCGAGGUCAUCCGAGGGCUCCCCUGGGACUGCCGCGGGCGCUGGGAGAGCUUUGUGGAGGAGACGCUGAUGGAGGCCAACCGCAGGAACGCGGUGGACCUGGUUAGCACCCGCCAUCUUCACCCCUCAAGUGAGGAAGAGGACGUGGAGGGCAUUUUCCCUAAUGAGCUGGCCCUUCAGCAGGCUUUCUCCAGGUACCAGGUUCAGCAGAUGACAGCCACCUUCGUGGACCAGUUUGGCUUCAGCAACGAGGAGUUUGCUGAGCAGGACAACAGCGUCAACGCCCCAUUUGACAGGAUCGUGGAGAUCAACUUCAGCGUCGACAGCCCCGGUGCCGCUCUGUUUGAGGCCUGCUGCAGUGACCACAUCCAGCCCUUCGACAAGGACGACGACCUCUGGGAGGACGUCCGUGUGGCCCAAGUGACCAGAGCCAGGUUCGGGGGCCCUCAUGCUUCAGAGAGCUGCCGGAAGGACGGCCCGGAGUGCCGAGGCCAGGGCAGGGAGGAGAGCUCGAGAGCAGUUGGGGACACGGCUCGGGCGGGCGGGCGCCUCUUGGGCUGCCGCCCAGAAGGAAGGUCCUCGUGUUAGGGUGGCUCAGAAGCAGGUGCCCCGUGGAUGGUGUUUGAUGAGCCGGAGAAUUCCAUGGCCUCGGGCCCGGCCCCGGCAGUGGCGAUGGGCGUGGGUUCCAGUGUGUGGGUGGCCAGCUCCUCCAGUGCCUUGACUCCAGAGGAGAAAGGCUGGGCCAAGUUCGCUGGCUUCCAGCCUUUCUGCUGCUCUGAGUCAGGGCUGAGGUGCAGCUCCCCAGUGGACAGAGGUCAUGGCGAUGCCCAGGGUGGCCUGAACCAGGGCCCAGAGAGAACCCUUGGCCCGGCCACUCCGGGUGCCUGGAACGCAUGUGUUACCAGGAAGGCGCCCCUGGUGGCCUCCAAGAGCCGUGAGGACAAGCUGAUGGCGGCUGUUGCCUCGGAGGCUGUUAGUGUGGGUCCUGGUCAGGAGGCUCCCCCGCCGCCCGUGUCAGUCCCCAGGUGUGGGCGGGAGUGUUGUGGACAGACGUGGCCUGCAAGGUGUCCAGGGAAGGGCCCUGGGCCCGUGUGGCCCACAGAGUGGGCUGAGUGCGCCACCAGCACGCCUCCAGACCUGGCCUCCCUUGCACCUGUGGAAGUGACCUCUGCCCCGGUCGUGGCUGCCCUUCCCGAGGCUGCCAUGGCGGCCACCACAGUACUGAGCAACGCCGGCCCCUCCCUGGCCACCCUGGCAGUCUCUCCUAUGCUGGCUGUGGCCGUCACCACUGCAGCCCCAGCUGGCCCAGCUGUCUCCAUGGCGGCCGCCCUAGGGACGGUGACAAAGGACAGGCAGACAGACGGGCCGCCGCCUGCAGGAGCUGCCUUAAGUGGCCUCAUGUGA